AUGAAUCCAGCUCGUCGGGCAACGCCUGAUUCGGAGGCGGUUGCUUCGUCUGAGGAUGAGCGGCCGUGGCCAAUGUCGAUGAAGUUUGGCAAUGCUCCGAUGAGGGAGAAUAGCGUUCCGGGCCUCCCUGGAGGUAUCUGGAGCACUCAGAAGGGUCGUGGCAGUUUCAAGAUGUCGGACGAGAAAUCCAAAGCUGUUCGACAAAACCUAUCGCAGAACCGUCUGGGUCCGGUCAGUUCUGCCAUCCGGGCGGGAAACACACCUUCUCCCUCUGCCAGCGAAGGUGCAGCCUCGUUGCCGUUUGCUAUUCCUUUGCAACCUACGCCAAAGACUGGCCGGUCAUUGUCGCAUUCGACGGGCCAGCGCGAAGUUCCCCAGACUUCUAGUGCGCACUCCAAUGCUGGAGGCCAUGCAGCACCGCUACCGCUUGGACUGCUGGCAGAGGAGGCAGACACAGAGUCUGAGUCUGAGACGGGAGCCCAGCUAACUCAUACUACGUCCCAUCCUCCCAUGGGAUCGUUGAUGCGCACCGCUACUUUGCCUCCAACGUUUGAGCCGUCCCACAGAAAUGGCAGGGAAUAUGGGGACAAUCAGUCUCCCAUGCAAUCAGGACUGCUACGGGGCAAGACCUUUGAAAGUGCAUUUGCCAAUAUGUCUCUAGACAGUCCAAGCCAUCGUUCUCGCUGGCAAAGCUCGCUAGGCUGGGACGACUUGCCUAACGUCAACGAGUCACGCCGGCAUUCGCUAGCGGAUAUUCCCACCCGUCGCGGCUCUCUGGCAGCUGGUGAGCAUUCAAUGCUCUCUCGCACCUUCACACACGAUCCACUGGAGGCAGACGAGCACGAUACCAUACCACAACACUAUCCGGGCUUCGCGCCUGACCGUCCACUCGACGGCGGCGACGAUCUCGCUAACAUGACGCGGGCACAGGAGACAGCGGCCGUAUACGACAUACCAGUCAUGUACCGCGUACCUCACGUGGAGUUGAACGCCACUGAGAAGCGCGAGCUUGACGCUCGCCGCGAUCAACAACAAGCCGUGGCACCCACUGCUCAGUGGGGUCCAGCCGCAGGCCGGCCACGCAAGCAGCUGUACAUUGUGAGCUUCAAGUGCUCACGCGUCGACGUCUUCUACCUCCUCGACAACACUGGGCUCAUCAUUCGCGAGGGCGACCUUGUCAUUGUUGAGGCCGACCGUGGACAAGACCUUGGCACUGUGCAGCAUGCCAACAUCACGCCGGACGUCGCUCGGCUCCUUAGAAAGAAGUACUCCGAGGAGCAGUACAAGUGGUUGAUGAUGUACAGCCGCAACAAGGACGGCGGCUUCAACCCAAACGCCCAACUUCAUGGUGAAGGCGGCAUGAUGAGUCCAUUGUUUGGAGAGAACACUCCAGCCAUGCAAGGCUCCAUUCCCCGCGACAAUUUCAACAAUCUCAAGCCAAAAGCUAUCAAGCGUCUCGCCAACGACCACGAGAUCAAAAUGCUCGCCGAGAAAGAGGGCAACGAAGCCAAGGCCAAGCGCACUUGCCAGCAGAAGGUUGCUCACCUCCGCUUGCAGAUGGAGAUUCUCGAUGCUGAGUGGCAGUGGGACUUCCAGAAGCUGAUCUUCUACUACUAUGCCGACCACUACAUCAACUUCAAGGACUUGAUUACUGAGCUCUACCGCAUCUACAAGACUCGCAUUUGGCUCUCCGCCAUCAACCCGGCUUCCUUUUCGCAGCACGCUAUGGGUCAGCCACCAAGCGGCAUCGGUCCUGGCGCUGUCGGCCCGUACAAUCCGUACGCCGUCAAUAGCAACUACACCAUGGCUUAUGGCGAGGAUCGCGACCCUUACGGCGCUCAGAUGCCUUAUCGCAUCCCAUACGACACAUACACCCCCAACUACCCUUCCAUUCCUGGUGUUGCGAACAGCUUCGCACCAAGCACCUUCAACCAAGGCCAGAACUUCAUGUUCUACGGCUCGAAUGGUGCUGAUCCAUCGGUCACUGCGCUCGGCCAGCAAUUCCAGCAAGCCAAUCUCAACGAUCUCCUGCCGAGCACUGACCCGCUCAUCAAUCGUACUGGUAGCAUUCGCGACUACAAUUUCUUCUAUGAUCGCAGUGGUGCCAACGAGCACCAUCAGCUCGCUGAGAAGAAUACCAUACAACAACAACUCAUCACACCCCCAGACUCGGCCAAGGUCAAGGAGCACCAGGACAUGCUCAAGAAGAAGUACGGGAUCCCGGCUGCGGAUCCGAUAUAUCAGAAUCACGUUCACCAGCUUGGUGAGUAUUACAACCAGCAACAACAACAGCCGCCUCUCGGCAUGUGGACCGUUGCACCGCAGUAUGGUACAGCGAACAGCACAGAGUCGGGCCGCCCUGUCCGCCAGCAGCAGCCACCUAUUGGCACUCGUCCCUUCUCUCAAGGCAAUCAUCACGGCGUUCCUUCUGAGCAGAGUCGUCAGGCGGUCAAUUCGGAUCCCCGCCAGACUCAAUUCGGCAACAUUCAGCCACAGCGUCCGUUUGCCGGCGAUGCAUUCUCCUCGAGCGCUAAUGACAAGGCCAACGUCAUGGAUCGCUACUUCAAGACUCUUCCAUCGCCAGCAGAGAUGCACGCAGACGAGAUGUCGCGUGAGCGUUAG